AUGGAAACUUCAGAACUGUUUUCGCGGAUCUGCGCCCGUGACGUUCAGACUGAUGUUGGACGGACUGGAGCUGGAUGUGAAGCGAGAGGAUUCACUGGAGUCCUGGUUCGUUCUGCGGUCUCUGUGGGUCUGGAUCUGGGAGUCGCUCAAUGUGAAGCACAAACAGAAACACAGCAGCUGCUGUCGGAUCCCGUGCGUUUACUCGUAGUUUCAGUAGGUGGCGCUGUGCGUGUCACAGUAACGUACCUCUACGACGCCGACGGGACGGUGGCAGCCGCUCGGCUCAAAUGCGUCCCAGACAGAGGAACGUUUCCCACAUUCUCCUGGUGUCUGAACCGUUCCUCCCUUCCAGCAGAGGGCGCUGCUCAUGCGGUCACUCAUCACGGUCAGAUCUUGAUCCUCACAGAAGUCAGUGCUGGGUUUUACGGCUGCAGGGUGAGGGACAGUUUUAACGACAGCUCAGUCUGGGUGUUGAGCGAGGACAUCUUUAUUCAGAAGACAGAUUUGGCAGCGACGCCCAUAGAGGUGAUUGCGUUGGUCUUCUGUGGUUUUCUGUCGAUUGUGAUUGUGUUAUGCUCAUUCUUUAUGUUCUGGAGCACCAAGAACAGAAACAACACCUGCAAACAUCACAGUAACCAGGACGUGAUCCAGUCUGAGAUGAUAACAAUGGACGUUCCUGUAGCUGAUGUUUCCUCUGAACCCCAACCUGUGGAAAUGAAACCGUCAUCAGGGAGUUUGAGGCCUAGAGGUCUAGACCAGACCAGACCUGGAGCCAGUGUCCUGCAGAGAGUCUACUAAUCCUAAACACUUUGAUUAGCUGGUUCAGGUGUGUUUAAUUAAGGUUAAAGAUGAACUCUGACUGGACAUCAAUCACUACUGUUUUCUAUCAAUGAGAUUGUAAGGCUUGUAUAUACCAAAUAAAUGUUUAAUUUACCAAA